AAAUUUAUUCAUACUCCAGGACACUGGGGGCAGCAUUCACUGAAUUUAAGACUGUAAAAAAGCGAAGAUUUGGCGGAAGUGAAUGUGGGUUGAGGUGGAUUUAUUACCAGGUUUGAGCAGAUUGAAAAUGGCCGAGAAAAAGAAAGGAAAGGAUGAAGAAAUGUUUGACGUCAUCGACCUGGCAGAGUACGCCAAGAAGCAGAGAUGGUGGAACAGAGUUUUUGGCAACAACAAUUCUGGGCCAAUCGCAGAGAAAUACUCUGUGGCUACACAGCUCGCGAUUGGUGGCGUGACCGGCUGGUGUGCAGGGUAUCUAUUCCAGAAGGUUGGGAAGCUGGCAGCUUCUGCAGUGGGUGGUGGUUUUUUCCUGCUUCAGAUCGCCAAUCACACUGGCUACAUCAAGGUGGACUGGAAGAGAGUGGAGCGGGAUGUGAACAAGGCUAAAAAACAGCUAAAGCUGAACGCGGAAAGGCCCCCCGCAGAAGUACGGACGAAAGUGGAUGAGGUGCAGACUUUUAUCAAGAAGAACAUCGUUCUCACUGGAGGCUUUGCCGGAGGGUUUCUCCUUGGACUGGCAUCUUAGAGUCUUUCCUGUUUUUUUUUCAGCUUGUACAUCAUCUAAAGUCAGGUUUAGUGUUUUGGGUGUAAAAACCAUCAUUGCUGUAUCUUGUACCGAACUGUAAUCCAGAAGCUUAAGGGAUGAUGAAGUCUUUUAAGAGAGAAGUUCAUAGGGUUGGUCAAAGAAAGCACUAGAGCUGCUGUGAUUGACGGGUCACUGAGGAUUGUAUGUUUAGAGCAUAUAUUCAUAUUUUAAUCAUUGUGUGGUUGUGUUUCACCCUAUGAAGGACCCUGUCCUGCUUUUUCAGGAUGAUGCUGGGCCUGGUGUUGAAGUACAAAAGAAUAUCUAAAAUAUGCACUUAAAAAAAAAAAAAAAAAAAAAAUUAAAAUACCAGUUUAACUCUGCUUUUUUCCCCCCCACACAUUUUAGACACAACGGACCGCUCUUAUGUUCCCAAAAUAUCACACAAAAAAAGGUUCAUUUGAUGCUUAUAAUCAUAAGGAUGUUGAGAUCUAAAUUGCAUUGUUGAGAUCUAAAUCUGCAUUGUUUUAUCGUAUCUGAAAUGCAGAGGGCAGCACCUGUGUUUGGCACAUUAACAGCUGUGUGUUUCACCUCACCUUCAACAAAAUGAAUCUCGGCCAAACACUACACUGUCUUUAUGACUACGGCCUGAUUCUGAAAGAACUGUAUAUCUUAGUGAUUUAUUUUUCAGAAAUUGGAAUGAUUUCCCCAAAUCUAAGACUGCAGUGAUUCAUUGAUUCCCCUCACUUUGUUCACUAUUUAAAAUAUUCACUAUAUACCUUUUUUUUCACUUGCUCACUCCCAAAUCACAUUCUGAUCCUGCAGUCAGCCCAUUAACCAUUGUAUGCCUGGCUCUUCUUAUCCAAUCAAAUGUUGCCUUUAUGAUGCAUGCUACCACAGUGGCCUGUGUGUUUGGAAGUGAUUCUCAGGAUUGUGUUCUGGUUCGAUGUGGACUUAAGGGUGAAGAUGCCUCUGAACGGAGCAUGUUGCAACUAGCAGUAGAUUUUUGUUUUUUUAAUUAAAAAAAGGCUCACGUUAAAGGACCCUCAUUUCCCUCACUUCCGGUUUAAGUAUAUAUUGAUUUAAUAUCACCAAGUUUAAAUGCUGACGGUAGAAAAGCUUGUACCGAGGUACUUGAUGUUACUUGUUUAAAAUAUGUUAGGAAAAGUCGGGCAGAAUCAUUCCCAUUGUAGAUUGUGCAGAAACUAAAUUGAAGUCAUUUUAUUUCAAUAUGAGGUUGCUCCAGUGAAAAAUAAACUACAUACAUAUUUAUAAAA